UGAACGCUUGCAAAAUGGCAACUGGUGGUGAAAGCAAUCCUAAGACACUUCUUCCCUUGGUUUAUGACUUUCUAAAAGAAUAUUGCCAAGAUGUCGCUGAAGCAUUUAAGAAAAAAUUAAAAACCAAGCCUCCUCCUGCAGGAUCACCAAAGCUUCAGCAAAUAUAUGUACAGUGGUCGGCAGCAAAAUUGGGUGACAAAAGAAAACUGAAUUCAUCUGAUGGUUCUCCAGCCUCAAAGAAGUCAAAACAAAACUCGUCUUCAAGUGACUCCUCAAGUGACUCUGAAAAUGAGACUCCUAAACAAACCCAAAAGAGGGACAGAGAGAGUGACUCAUCAGAUUCAGACGCCAAACCAGGGAAAAAGAAAAAGAUUACCCCUCAAGCUAAGAAACCAGGCACUCCUCAGGCAAAGAAAGGAACUCCAGCUAAAGCACAGAGUGGAACCUCAGAUUCCGAUUCCGAUUCGGAAAGUUCAGAUACUGAAAACGAUAAACCCAAGGCCAAGAAACCCCUCGUAAAAAAAGCUCCAAAAAUGGUUAAAAAGUCAGAUGAUAGUUCUUCUGAUUCGGAUUCAGAGGAUGAAAAGAAAGUAGCGAAUGCUAAAAAUACAUCUUACAAUGCAGUUCCCCCACCUUCCUCUUUGAAUAAAAGUAAAAAUGCUGCUACACCGAAAUCAAAGCCUGGAAAAAAAGCAAAUUCUAAACCAGCAACACCUGCCAAGUCAACUCCUGUUAAAAAGAAAGAGGACAGCUCAAGCAGUGAUACUUCAGAUUCAUCUGAUGAAGAACCAAAAAAGAAAGUAGCCACUCCUAAAGCAGCAACACCUGCCAAUUCAACUCAAGCAAAAAGUGAUACUUCAGAUUCAUCUGAUGAAGAACCAAAAAAGAAAGUAGCCACUCCUAAAGCAACUUCUAAACCUGCAACACCUGCCAAUUCAACUCCAGCUAAAAAGAAAGAGGAAAGUUCAAGUAGUGAUUCUUCAGAUUCAUCUGAUGAAGAACCAAAAUCAAAAGCAGUAGUGCCUAAAACAACUCCAAAAGGAAGUGCAAAGUCAACUCCCGUACAAAAGAAGAAGGCAGACAGCUCAAGUAGUGAUUCCUCAGAUUCCUCAGAUGAAGAACCAGUAAAGAAAGCUGCUACACCUAAAACACCGGCUAAAUCUACACCAGCCAAGAAAACUGCAGCCCAGAAAAAGAAGGAGGACAGUAGUUCUAGCAGUGAUUCUUCAGAUUCCUCUGAGGAAGAACCUGCAAAGAAAGCUACUGCAGCUAAAGCAGGAGGGAAAGUGACCCCAGGAAAAGUAACAACUAAAGGACCCCCCAAAUCAGUGGAAGCAAAGAAGACGCAGAGCAGCUCUAGCAGUGACUCCUCUGAUUCAUCUGAUGAGGAACCAUCAAAAGCCUCUGUUACUAAGACAGGCAAGAACUCAAUCAUAAAAGCAGCUCCUAAAAAGAAGAAAGCUGAAAGCUCCAGUAGUGAUUCAUCAGACUCAUCAGAUGAUGAAACUACAAAAGAGAUAACAACACCAAAAGGUGGUGUUAAAGCUUCAUCUGCCAAACCAAAUCCAACCCAGGCAAAGAAAACAGAGAGUUCAAGCAGUGUUUCAUCUGAUUCAUCAUCAGAAGAGCCAACAAAAAAAUCAGCAGCUUUAACAACAGUUUCAAAGAAGAAGCCAUUGCAGCCCACUCCUACACAGAAAAAGAAAAAAGCAGACUCAAGCAGUGAUUCUUCCAGUUCUUCUGAUGAAGAGGUGAAACAGAAAGGUGUUACACCCAAAGUAACUACCAAAGGGACACCUGCCAAGUCAACUCCUGCUAAAAAGAAGGAGGAAAGUUCAAGCAGUGAUUCUUCAGAUUCAUCAGAUGAAGAGCCUGGAAAGAAAGCAGUAACACAAAAAGCAAGCUCUAAACCAGUAACACCUGCCAAGUCAACUCCUGCUAAAAAGAAAGAGGACAGCUCAAGCAGUGAUUCUUCAGAUUCAUCAGAUGAAGAGCCUGGAAAGAAAGCAGUAACACAAAAAGCAAGCUCUAAACCAGUAACACCUGCCAAGUCAACUCCUGCUAAAAAGAAAGAGGACAGCUUCAAAGAUUCAUCAGAUGAAGCAGAAAAGAAAGUAGCCACUCCUAAAGCAACUUCUAAACCAGCAACACCUGCCAAGUCAACUCCUGCUAAAAAGAAAGAGGAAAGUUCAAGCAGUGAUUCUUCAGAUUCAUCAGAUGAAGAACCAAAAAAGAAAGUAGCCACUCCUAAAGCAACUUCUAAACCAGCAACACCUGCCAAGUCAACUCCUGCUAAAAAGAAAGAGGAAAGUUCAAGCAGUGAUUCUUCAGAUUCAUCUGAUGAAGAACCAAAAAAGAAAGUUGCCACUCCUAAAGCAACUUCUAAACCAGCAACACCUGCCAAGUCAACUCCUGCUAAAAAGAAAGAGGAAAGUUCAAGCAGUGAUUCUUCAGAUUCAUCAGAUGAAGAACCAAAAAAGAAAAGGACAACUCCAAAAGGAAGUGCAACAGUGCCUAAAACAACUCCAAAAGGAAAGUCAACUCCUGUACAAAAGAAGAAGGCAGACAGCUCAAGUAGUGAUUCUUCAGAUUCAUCAGAUGAAGAGCCAGUAAAGAAAGCCGCUACACCUAAAACACCGGCUAAAUCUACACCAGCCAAGAAAACUGCAGCCCAGAAAAAGAAGGAGGAAAGUAGUUCUAGCAGUGAUUCUUCAGAUUCCACUGAGGAAGAUACUGCAAAGAAAGUUUCUGCUGCUAAAGCAGGAGGAAAAGAGACUCCAGGGAAAACAAUUCCUGCAAAGAAAGAAAGCUCCAGCAGUGACUCUUCUGAUUCAUCAGAUGAUGAACCUGAUAAUAAGUCAGCCACUCCUAAAGUGGCCGCCAAGCAAAGUCCGAUAAAAACAACACCUAAAACAAAGAAACAGGAGAGUUCUAGUAGUGACUCUUCAGAUUCUUCAGAAGAAGAAACUGUGAAGAAAGCCACAACCCUGAAAGCAGGUGCUAAUAAAAAAGAACCCGUUAAAAAAGGAACAAAAGACUCAAAGAAUAAUAAAAAUAAAAAAGACAGUUCAAGCAGUGACUCUAGUUCAUCAGACUCCAGUGAUGAUGAAGAGAAAACACCAGGAAACAAACAGAAAGUCAAAGGGCCUACCACCUCUACUCCUGUGGUGAAUGGAGCUGUUAAUGGGGUGUGUUCAGACAAUGAUUCUGGGGUGUUCACGUCAAAUAAGGAUGAAAAUUCUGACAAUUCCCUCAACCAGAAAGCCAGUAAAGGCUCGGCUAAGUCUAAGCAGAAAACACCUAACACUCCAUUCAGGAGAGUACAAUCUGAGAAGAUAACAGUAGACUCCAGGCUGGCAGACAAUUCAUUUGAAGCUAAGAAAGGAUCGGCUGGGUCCUGGGGAGAAAAGGCCAACCGUGACCUCAAGUUCACACAGGGCAAAUCAUUCAGGCACGAAAAGACCAAGAAAAAGAGGGGAAGUUAUGCAGGAGGAGCUAUAGACACAAAUGUCUACUCCAUAAGGUUUGACAGUGAAUAGAGAAAGAGGAGACCUCAUAGACCAUGUGUUAAUUCUUUGAUGUACAAAAUCUGGAUUUAAAACGAAUAAUUUCUGUAAAUGUGUUCUAUAAAAUGUCUGAAAUUUAUCAAAUGUUGAAGCUUUCCAUAUUUUCAAUGAUGAAGAAAAAUACUUCUUUUAACAGGUUAUCAAAAUUUCCUUUGUGAAAUUGGGAUUAGCAAUUUCAUGUGUAUAUGUUUGCCAGAGAAUUAGAUGAUUUAUGAUUGUUUAUUGUAGGAAAAGUAUUUUGGGGACAAAGGGGGUAUUUUUUCAUGAAAAAAAAAUUGUCAUGGCUGUAUUACAUAUAUAAUUUCGACUUAUUUUGCCUUAUUGCAGCUAUACUUUGAUACUUUGAUUGUAAGAUGAAUGUUAAAAAAUUUCUUGUGCAGGAUCAUAUAGUGAGAAAACAUACCUGUUGACAAAUUCAUGCAAGUCUGUUUAUCAUUCAAAGAUUUCUUAAUAACAGUAGAAGUGGAUGAGAAUUUUUGUUAUAUUCCAUGUUUGAAAUCAAGAAAAAAUUAUUCUAUGUGUAGAAAUCUUGAUUUUUCUCAUUUUUAUUGAUAAAAAUCAUUGUACCAGUACAUUUGAUUUACAAAUUCAUAUACUGUAAGUCAUGGAGAAAUAAACCUGGAGAGUACAAA